UCAACUUCGGUCGCGGCUUGAUGGUGUGCUCUGUGAUUGUCUAGAUUACGUUAUCAAUAACAUGGCCUGGAGCUUUUGUGAUGGAUUUCCAAAUUCCGCUCGGGGUAAUUCAGGGCAUUCGAGGGAUUUUAUAAAAGAACUAUAACGAACAGUUGAACUGCAAUUCAUCGUUUCUCUCCGUCCAGUGUUAAACGAAUGGCAAACGUGAAAGUCGCGGUCCGAGUUCGCCCCCUGAACUCCAGGGAAAGUCUAGAUGGAGGACAGUUAGCUGUACAUGUGGAGGACAAGGUAGUGAGAAUCCGAAAUGUGAAGAUGGAGGGGCGGUUGCAAGGUAGAGCGGAGAGUCAGGCUGACUCCAGGGAGAACCUGAUGCAGUUUGCCUUUGAUUACUGUUACUGGUCCGCGGAUCCAUCGGCUCCUAAUUUUACAUCACAGGAAGAGGUGUUUCAAGACCUGGGUGUGUGUGUUCUGUCUGGGGCAUCAGAGGGGUAUAACGUUUGUCUGUUUGCUUAUGGACAGACAGGCUCAGGGAAAACCUACACCAUGAUGGGCACUCCAGAUUCUAUGGGGCUGACUCCAAGAAUAUGUCAAGGCCUUUUCAGGACUGGGGGUGACGCCGCUGAUGGACCAAGCUGUAGAGUUGAAAUAAGCUUUUUAGAGAUCUAUAAUGAGCGUGUACGCGAUUUGCUGAGAGGUGUGGACCAGAAGAAGCCAGCACCCCUGAGGGUUCGAGAACACCCGGAGAAAGGGCCCUAUGUGCAGGGGCUCUCUCAGCAUGUAGUGACAGACUACAAACAAGCAGUGGAUCUGCUAGAGGAGGGCAUCGCCAAUCGCAUCACAGCCGCUACACAUGUUCAUGAUGCUAGCAGUAGAUCUCAUGCCAUCUUUACGAUCCAAUACACACAGGCUAUUCUUGAAAAUAAUUUACCUUCAGAAAUAGUAAGCAAGAUUAACUUGGUGGACCUUGCUGGCAGUGAGCGAGCAGACCCUCACUACUGCCGAGACAGAAUAACAGAAGGAGCCAACAUCAACAAAUCUCUCGUCACUCUUGGUAUUGUCAUCUCUGCUCUCGCUCAGAACUCUCAGAUGUUCAGCAGCAAUCAGAGCAUUAACAGUGUGAUCAGUGAGUGUGAAGGGAGCACAUUGGGCAGCCAUUCCAGUUCUCUGUCAGGCAGCGGACGCAGACAUUGCUUCAUCCCGUACAGGGACUCAGUCCUCACCUGGCUUCUCAAAGACAGUCUGGGCGGCAACUCCAAGACUAUCAUGAUUGCAACCGUGUCACCAUCCAGCAGCAGCUACAGCGAGACUCUGAGCACCCUCCGCUAUGCAGCUCACGCUAGAAACAUUGUCAACAAGCCAAGAGUCAAUGAGGACGCCAACGUGAGGCUAAUCCGAGAGUUACGAGAAGAAAUCGAUCGUCUGAAGAGCUUGUUGCUGAGUUUCGAAAUGCAGAGGAAUUCCAGUCCAUCGCUCAGUGAUGAGAGAGAAGGAAGCCUGUCUGAUAUAGUCCUCCAGAAUGAACUGAAGGUGGAGCAGCUGACUAAGGACUGGUCUGACAGUUGGCAUGAUAAGCGAGCCUUGCUGGAGCGCUACAGUUUGGACAUUAACCAGGAUAAAGCUGGAGUCCUUAUCUACUCUCUCCUGCCUCACCUCAUCGCUCUGGAGCCAGACGUCCUCAGCACGGGAGUCACCAUCUAUCAUCUUCCGGAAGGUGUAACAAGUUUCGGUCCUCAGGGUGACAGCCUGGAAGAGCCACACAUAGUCUUGCCAGAAGGAUGCGCAUGUGAGAUUGAGAAUCACGGUGGAGUGGUGACUCUAAAGCCAGUUCCAGGGAAUAUCUGUAUGGUCAGUGUCAGUGAGAGAGAGGUCACUCAGCCCUGCAGACUUGUACAAGGUGCGGUAAUAACCUUAGGAAGGCUUCACAAGUUCAGGUUCAACCAUCCCGCAGAGGCAGCUGUUUUGAUGGAGAGGAGACGGAACAGUGAAGGAGGUGUGAUUUCUACACAGGUCAACCUGCUAACUGAAUCCAGGGUUUCAGGUUGUCAUGAGAAUGGCAAUGAGCCAACCCCCAGACAGCGACUAGAGGAGCAACAGUGGUACAUACAGUGUCUCGGAGAAGAGAUUCAGUUGGAACAGAAAAGAGCAGAAAGAGAUCUAGACGGAGAGCAGGCCCGACUCCAACAACAACACACUGACAUCCAGCAGUGGAUCUUAAAAGAAAAGCAACGACUUGCAGUCCACAGAGAAAAGGCAACGAUGGAUUCAGGGGUUCAAACAGAUCUCAAACUUCUUCCUCCAUUGACUGGUUUAUCACGUGCGGAGGAAAGCAGUGCUGAAGUAGUUCCACUGUCAUUCUUGAUGGGUGACAGGAAAAGGGUGGUACAGGAGGAACUUCUGAAACAUCAUGCUUUGUGCAGAGCUGAGAACCGCGUGAGGCGCAAGAGGUUGCGAUAUCAACUGGAGAAGAUUGCUAGAAAGCGCCAUCUGUUGGAAGCAAAGCGAGAACUACAGAGACUAGAAAAUGAGCUUUUACAAGGAGGCGAGGAAGCUUCGUCUCAAGAAGUAGGGUACACCUCAAGGUCCAGGGGACGUUCGAUGACUUUGCGAAGACAUUCCUUUUCCGCUAAUUUGCUUUCACGACUUUAUCCUCAACACACUCCAAUUUUCAGCCAUUUUCUUAAAAGGAAUAGAUCAUCUGAGCUUAGAGCAUUUUUCAAUGGUUUUGCUCGCAACACUAAAUGGUUCUCUGAUGAAUUUCUCCAAGAUCAAAAGAUUAGAAGGCGCUCAAACACAAUGCCCUCAAGAUACCAAGGAUCCUCAAAUUGGCAAAGUUCCUCAGAGACCCUCAAAAGUUCCCCAAAAGAUACUAAAAUGACUGAAACCAAGACAAAUGCAAGUGACAAGCUCUGUCUGGAUACAAACACCAAAGCCACUAGAAAAGUAUUACCAAUAAUUAAACAUUUAGCUACUCAGAAAGUUACGGUCAAGGGAACAAGUUUAUCCCAAGAUAAGGAUAAAGGUUUAGAGACCAUUCGCAAAGUUUUUUCACACUCAGUCAGCCCUGGGAUGAAGACUGCUUUUACCAAGGUUUACUGCAAGCCACCAUCAGGGUCACGUGGAAACAUGAAAUCCGAGAACAAAACAAUCAGCCAAUCAAACAAAACUCUGAAAGAGUUUGAAGAGAACAAGGAGGGAAAAUGCUCUAUCAAAUCAACAAUGUCUUAUGAAAGCCUGGAGCAGCUUGGCUCACUAAAAUAUGUCGGAGUGCGAAAAGAGAGUUAUGUGGUGGAUCCCAAUGGAUCUUCAGAUUGUGAUAGUAAUUUCUCAGUGGACUCACUGUCAUCGGCGUAUGCUACAGCUCUGGCCGAGCAGCUUCAGCAGGAGGAAUGUGAUUUCAGUGAAGAUGAGAGUGAAAACAGUGAGAUGUCUCAGGAUUCUCUUGUUAUGGAGAGCAGCGGGAAGCAUGUUACUGCCAGACCAGUGCAGAGGCUUAAGAAAGUUUCUAGCCACCUUGGUGAAUUACCAACCUUGUGCUGCUCUCAGUCCACCAGGAAUAAAGAAUUAUCUGAAGAAGUACCUGCAGAGGUUUUCUGGAGAUUUAAUGGCAGUUCAAAGUUGAAAAUGGAAAAUUUCAGAGUUUCAAGACUAGUGUCUGAAUGUAGACCGUGCAGUGGUGCAAGUGUAAGAGAACCAGAUUCAGUUCUUGCUCUUACAGAUGCUUGGUUGUCCACUGAUGCAGUAGACAGUCUUAGAAUGAGUUCAGGACACUUUGUCAAACACGAUGUGCACAUACCUAGAGAGAAUACCAGUCUCACUAGUUUAGAGCUCUCAGACAACAUAAAUGUCUCAGAAGGCCAGAGCUCACCCCCCUCUGACUCUACUAAAUGUGACAUUUCAAGACUUGAAGAACAAAGCACAUCCUUUAAGAAUACCUUGACCUUUGAAAGCCAUGAUAGCGAUCCUAGUUUUGAAGCAGAGCGGGAAGAUGUUGAGAUGUUGAAGAGUUUUGAGGAGCCAGGUACCAAUGCAAAGCCAUGCACAACUCGCACUGAUCCUGAUGGUGUAACAUACACAAGUGAACCAACCAAUGACUCAAAACUACUGGAACCCACAGUGACUAAAGAAAUGAUGAUUCAAUAUUCCAAAGAUGGGGACAUCUCAACAGGUAUGAAUACUUUACAAUGCAUCCAAGCUAACUCUUGUAGAAAAGAUCAAAAAUGUCACUCAACGUCUUGGCCAGCUAACCCUAAGCAUUCUUCUCUGAAGUCAAGUCUUAGCCACAAAGACCCAGAAGUCAAGAAUUUUAAAGCUUGGCAGGGAUUAGUAAAUGGUUCUCAAAUGAAGAUGGAUCAUCUCAGUAACAGUGAAGAGAAUGUUAAAUUAGGCUGCGACAAUAGGGAUACACUUGAGAAAUAUCAGAAAGAAUGUCAUUGCUUUUACCCUAAACAAUGCACUGAAAUGGCUAACAAAGAAGUUACCAAGGAUUCUGUAUUGACAAUUAAACAAUCGAAUAAGCAUGAUGAAAAAAUUACUGGCUUUAAUGGAAAUAAUGAACAAGUGGAGCUGCAGUUGGGAAAUGAUAUAGUUAUUGCAACAUGUCAAAUGAAUGAAGACCCGUCAGAUCUCUAUAUAGAAAAUAUGAAGCUGCCAAAGAAAUAUGAUGUAGAUGUUUUUGAUACUAAGCCAGCACUUAUAAAUCUGGACCAUGAACAAUCUGCUUGUUUAGUUGUCAACAGUUGUGCUUGUUCAGCCAUCAAUAGCGAAUUAUUAAAGCUGUCCCUUGUGGAAAAAUUGCAUACAUCGGAUAAGACAGAAAACUCUGAUCAAGAGCUGAAAAAGAAAAUAGAGACUGCACUCAAGAGUGAUGCUCUCAAGACUGUAAUACAUAGACAACAUUGCACUAUUUCUAGACAUGGUAACAAUAUAUGUGAUAGUGGAUUGACAGUGUCAAAUUCUGAGAUUAAAAACUUCAAUGAGAACAACAUGGAGGAGAAAAACAAUGCCAUUCAGAUCAUGGAAAAGAAGAUUUUUAAUAAUAAAUAUUUUCAAAUGAGUGACUCCGCUGUAAAUGAAAAAAUAUCAGAGGUGGUGAAAGAAAAUUUUUCAAUGUCUCUGAAAAAAGACUGUGAAGAAGAUCAUGAGUCAGACACAACCAAAGAAAACAUUCCUUCAGCUCAACUGGAUGAUAUAACAUCCAAGAAAAACUCAUGUGGAUUUGAAUACAGUCAAGAUCAUCUUUUUAAAAGCAACAGCUUGCAGGCAAAAACAGAGGUACCUACUGACAGCACUAUAGAGAAUUCUGAAAACUGUGGUGUACUAAUAAAAUCAAGACAUCCUAUGACUAUGCUGAAUUCAACAAUACUGAACACCGUGGAAAGAAAGAGCACAGAAAGAGCUGAACAAGAAGGUCCAGAUUAUUCAUAUAUCAGCGAUAUCAUGUCUUCAGUGGAUUAUUGUGCCAUUAAACCACUGAGGACAGAUGCACAAAACAUGGAUGCUUCAAAAACUGUUCAACAGAAGGAUUUCACCAGCACUGUUGUAAUUGAGAAUUGUAAAGUGACAGUAUUAAAUCACUUAAUUCCCUGUAUGUAUACACAAGUUACUUCAUCACUUAAACAAACACACAGAUUGGAUGAAAUCAGUAAGGUUGACCAGCAGAAUGCUCAGAUAGUCAACAACACAACAAAAAGUGUGUUGACCCCAAGAGAAAUCCAAGAACAUAAUUUUGACUCUAAACUGCUUAGGCAUUUAAAUCUUUUCAAUGAAACUUGUCUAGAAAUCUUAAUGCCGUCUAGUAAAAGCAAUAUUCCUCAGGUGUCCCUACCUGCUGAAGCGAUGGUGAACCGUAAUAACUCGGUUGGAAAUUAUGACGGGACAGACUGUGAUGUAAAUCAAGUUAUGGAGAGCACUGCUUCAAUGUCACCUUAUGAUAAGUCAAAAGAUCAAAUUAAAAAGGAAAAUAUACAUUUAUCCAACUCUUCAAUUAUGGAUCAGUCCCACUCAGCUGCUGAUGAUAAAUACUGUGCUCUUGAAGCUGAACCUUUAAACAAGCUUGCGUUUUAUGAAUUUGGUCCAGGAAGCCUUGGAAAGUAUCAGAGUUCUGUCGGCCAAGAUAAAGUGAAUGCUAAUCAUCACUUAGGAAACUCAAACAUUUCUAUUAGUAGUAGUGGUGAUAAGAGCCGAGAAGGAUCUGUGGAGCAGAUAUAUCACAGUUAUACCUCUGAUGCUUUGAGAGAAGAUGCCAUUGUUUCAGAUUUCAGUCAGAAGCCACAGAUCCACAGUUCCUCACUGUCACAGAGGCCACAGAUGGACAAUGUGCUUGAAACCUGUGAUACUGGAAACAUUCCACAGGUUUUUUUGGAAAAUCACUCAUUCUGCACAAGUAAUCAUUUAGAAAUUAUGAGUAAAUCUCAACAUAACAAUGACUACUUCAAGGGACUACAUAGUUCUAUUAACCAACACAUUGAAAAUGAGUCAUCUGCACCUCAAAAUCACCAAAAAUCAGCUGAGUCUGAUAAAAUUAUGGUCAAGCCUUCAACAUCUCCUCAAGUAGAUCACAUUCACAACCAAAAACAGGCUUCUUACAGUCAAAACCAAACGGAACAAUAUAAUAAUGGUUUGAAAUCUAAAAACAAAGAACAUUCCACAACACUGGCUGCUACGAAACAUGUUGAUGCGAAUGGUACUGAUGAUAAGCAGAGAGAGAAGCCAAAGCGAUACAGAAAAGCCCACUUUAAAGCACCUCCAAGUUCAUCGACUGAUUCUACAACUGAUUUAUCCUUAGAUGAAAGUUACCCAUCAAAAGUGCAUGUGACAGUUAAGGGCCAUCGUACCAAACCAAGUUCACUGGCCCCUUGCAGACAAAAUCUUUUUGCACACUGUAGACUCAGAAAUCCUCCACUUGAUGAGAAAAGUGUUUCUUCACCUUCAGCAGUUUGUCCAAGAUCAUUAGAAACACAAACAGGAAAUCACACCCAGGAGCUAAGCACUGUUGAGACUAUUGCAAGUCAGGGUGUGCAUGGCUCCACUGAACAAACGCAAAAGAUAAUUGACUCAAAGGAUUAUCGAGACAUUCAUGUAUGGAGAAAAGCUUUAUCCAAAGAUACUUCCAAGAGUGUUUUAAAAGACCAAACGCAGCAACUUGAGAAUGCAGUUUCACACACUAGAGAUUCUGCAAUGCAUUUUUUCUCAAGUGAUAUCAACCCAUUUAUUCAUACGAGGACUGAUUUGAACAGAGCAGUCCACAAAAACCAGGCCUUUGGAAGUGAUGCCGAUAUAUCCUUCAAACACUCUCUGCUUAGUACUUCUAACAAGAAUAUAGUAAGAUGCUGUAGUGAAGACAAUUUCUUGAAUACUCAUAACUCUCCAUUUAGUUCCCAUUUAAGCACUUAUGCGAAUCAUAAAGGACUCUCUAGCACAUUAAGUAGUGAUGACGGGUGUGGAGAUCAAAUAUCUUCGGAGCCUUUGAUCAAGACACCUUCCCAUUCCACUAGUGCUUCAAAUAAGCAGACCAUAACUACUUCUUACAAUGGCACUGCAGAGAAAUUACACCAUAGUUCAGGUCAAGUUGACGAAAUAGUUCUGGUCUGUUCUUCUCAGUAUGAAUCUCAGAACAACAGACAUUCCUGUCCAAGCAAGUGUGAUCAUGGUACACAAACUGUUGGGGUUGACCUUACGAAAAAGAAUAGUCACAGACGAUGCAGCACUCAGUCACCAGUGUCUAAACCAGGGAAUGGAGCCCCAACCACAUGGUCAAGUCUUCAGAACAUGUCUGAACAUCUCUCGGAUUUGAUAUACAACACCUCUGAUCUUCUGGAAAACAUACAGUGUAUGCGAACAGGGGAUAGAUCACCAAAAUUUGAGCAUCCUAAAAGUUGUUUCAAAGAUUCAACUCUGAAUUCUGGCAGUAAGUACAAGAGAGAUGGUUACACGCAGACUUCAAUGGACAGUGGGAUCCAGACGGAGACGACUUCGGUGUCAAAGAAUGUACAGGAGGUUAAUCUAAUUGUUAAAGUGAUUGGCUCAGAAGUUUGUAAUGUGUCUCAGCUGGAUGGUGUCACCAAGCAAGAACCAGACUUCGAAAGAAUAAAAAGCCUCUCUGACUUACGUCCAAAAGGGAGCUCAAAGGUAGCGGACCCUCAGAAUGUUCUUGUUACUCCCUCAAAGGUUUAUUUAUUGGAGACAGUGGUUCCAGUUCAGACUUCCGGCACCUUUGAAGCGCUGGAAGUUGAUGUAGAAAGUAAUUUGUACAAGAAAUCUUCAUCCAGUUACCUUGGAGGCAAACAAUCCCCAUCCAUGAAGGAAGAGAAUAAACAGACUUGUCAAAGAAACAUAGAUUUAAGGAAUUGCUGUAAUAAAAAGCCUAUGCUCAUGGAUCGUGCAUCCUCACCUAUCCUCACUGUCAAGGCUUUAAGACAUGGAGAACGAAAUCCAAAAAAUACUCAGCGUUUAACCAACAAUGACACAGCUGAGAUACAAAAUGAUAUGGAAAAUCGAUGCUCUGAUGAAUACAAAAUGCCAUUUAAAGAACACAAAAUGCUUCACAAUCAAAAGAAUACAGUAUUACAUCAAGAGAAUCAUCGUAUCCUUCGUACCAAAAAUACAAAACAAAUACCUGAGGGUACACCAUUGACACCAUUGACCCUUGAAAACCUAAGAGACAUCGGUUGUCCAAAUUUGGAUGGAUUUACAGAAAACUCAAUAAAUAGCAUGUCUGUUUCUACAUCUCAGCUUCAAAGAAAAUACCUCUCCCCAACUAGUAGUGGUGGUAUGCAAACUGUACCGUCCUUGGUUAAGUAUAAACAAGAAAUCCCAGCCAGAUUUUAUGCGUUGUCUUAUAACAAACGAUUAACUUAUAGUAACAGUAUACUAGAACAAGAUCACCGAUCACCGCAACACCAGGAAGAUGAUGUGAUGUCUCUAGUGCCAAGUGAGUGCAACACAGAUAUCCUUGUUAGCAUCGAUCCUCUGAUAGAGACCAGCCUACUUAAGGAACAUCAACAGAUCCCUGAUGAUCUGCCUAUGCACAACAAAUUUACUAACUGGUCCGGUAUUAACCAGCAGCCAUCAUCACCGCUCAAUAAAACAAACAAAGCAUCUGGAAAAAACUUCACAGCACGCAGAGCCCACCUCCUGCAGAUGAUGGAGUCACAAAGACCAGAGCCUUUGGAGGACGAGAGGACGAGAGAAAUUGAGAAGCUGAGGAAAGAACGUGAGCAGGUUUUAGCAUCUGUGCAUCUGGAUCCGAGUCCUCAUCAGCUGACUGUUGAACUCACAGAGACCAAGCUGCACUAUGGCCAAGGAGAAACAGACACUCUGCUUAAAAUCAUCAAAUCUUGUUCUAAAGAAGUACCUACAUCCUGUAGCACACAAGAGCUUUUUGACAGGCAUAGGAGGAACAUUGAAAGUCUAAGAAAACAAAGAGAAGUUCGUAUCCAGAUGUGCCGGCGACCUCGAAGCCUCAGUUCCGGAAACCGGAUGCCAGUCAGUCAUGAGCGGGAACAGUAUCCGAGAAUUUCAGACAUGCCAAGCAGAAGAAGGGAAUAUCUGCAGCAGCUCCGCCAAGAAAUAGUGGAAACCAGCAGAGUUCCCGAUCCACCAAGGCGGGAAGGUCAGUGUCCGUCUGAUAUUGAGAUUCUACUGCUUGACUACAGCCGAGCCCGCGAUGAAGCGAGAGCAGAGAUCGCAUGUGCACGUCACAGACUCCGCGAGAGGACGGAACAAGAAAAGAGACGACUACAGCAGCAAGCACUCUUACAGGCGGUUAAGGAUGACCUGAGGUUUCGCACACGCACUAGUAACAGUACAUUAUGCACUGGGUCAAACUUAAGUCUUUCCUCUGGACCCACUUCAGGCUACAACAGCAGUAAUGCUGCUACACUAAAAGACAAUACAUCACCAACAAUACAGAUAAAUGGAGUCUCAGAAUUCAGAGUGAGGACUCGACCACCGGUGAUUCAGUUACAGACUUUGAAAGCCCAGCGUAAAUGGCUGUCAGUUCAGGAUGUCAGCCAGGAGUCAUUUGCCAAUGGAUACGAGUCCUCCUCUUUUCCAUCAUCUCCUCCCUGUGCUCGACAGCGCACUCACUCCUUUGGUUCUCCUUCGUCUUUAUCAUCUUCAUAUCAAGAUAUUGCAGACUGCACUCUUGCCAGUGCUAUUUCAGAGAUAUAUUUGGCAUCUGCUGGGGAUGUGAAGAAUCUAUUGGCGGGAAAGGCAACUGCUGGUUGGAGGGACCAGGGUGUGGAAAGAGGUGUUCAGGUCUUUUAUAAGCCUAAUGCUAGGACCACAACACAUGGGUUUCUGGGAGCAGCAGAACUGGAGAGACCUCUGGACAGUCUAUGGUAUACAGUUCGAGACCACUCAAAGACUCACUUGUACCAUGAGUCUGUUAGAUCUGCCUGGACACGACCACUGGAUGAACACAACCAACUAGUCUACCUGCUGAUGGACACAUCCAAUUGCCAGCUUAAACAGCCCCGGGACUUCUGCUGCCUUAGUACAGAAUCUAAACAGGAUGAUUUGUGGGUGUUGGCAAUGCAGUCUGUAUUUGAGGAGACACUACCACGUCCCAGCGUGGAUACUGUACGUGGAGAAAUGCUCCCCAGCGCAUGGAUCUUUCAACCCAGUCAGCGGAAUGGUCAAAAAAUUGUUACUGUCAUCUAUUUGCUUCAGGUUGAUUUGGGAACCCCGUCCUUAGCUCCCAGACUGCUCAAUACAGUGUCUAGGAAACAAGCAACUGUCAUAGCGGACCUUAAUUCUUUCUUCUCUUUGUGACAUUGAACAUGUCAUUAUGAAAUCAGGUUUAACAAGCACUUAUACCUAAAACCAUGAACGUUUUGCUAAAAUUUGCACUUCAUUUUCUUGUCUAUGACUUGAUUAUUUUUUACAUAGCACUGAUAAUAUUAUAACCUGUUUAUAUUGUUAGAGUUUAUUUGCCACUUCUGUAAAGAAAACAUUAUUAUGAAGUUUCGUUAUUAGGGAUCUGGGUUUCACCAUGUUGUGCCAAAAUAUUAUUAUUUAGAUUUAUCGGUUGUAACCUUUUAAAAUAAAUUCGCAAAGCUGUUUCUCAAUUUAAGUACAUAAAAUUAUUUGAGCCCUUUUUCAUAUACACUAUGCAAAGCUCUGUUUAUUUAAAGUAGGGAUAUUUACAUAAAACAGUCUAUUAUAUAACAGUAUUUCUUUAAUGAUAAAACAUUGCCUUAAGCUGCUUUCAGAAAACUUGGAACUUGACACUAGCUGUAGAAUCUUUUGAAUGUGUCUAAAUCUAUAAUAUGCAGUACAGUGCUUUUAUACAGAGGCACAGCACAUGUCUAAUUCGUUUUCCUGUUUGUGACAUUGUAGCAUCACUAGCUCAACCAUUGUUCAGGUUUUUGUGCAAUUUUUGUGAAAUCACUACAUAGACGUUAUAAUUCUAUAUUAGGUUAGCUGGGACCAUUUGACUUGCAAUACUAUCGUUGUCAUUCAUACGUUCAGUAUUUUUUAAUGUGUAUGCAAAAAACGUUCUCAUAUUUAAUGAAAAUGCAAACAAAAUGUUGUCGAUAUGAUUCCUACAGUUGCUUUAGUCAAACAGCUUAAAUAUACUGUACGUUUGGAUUUGCAUUGAAUUCAUUACAUUAUGACUUGGUAAAAAGAGAGCCUUUGCUCAAAGCACUGCAAUUGUAACAGACAAAAUAUGAUUUUAUUGCCACUAAAAAGACAGAAUGAAGGAACUGUAUUUUUUAUAUAUAAUCAGGAUUGUUUUUAAUAUACUGUUAAUGUAUCUAAAUGCAAAAAAAUUAUCAUUUGAUAUUUUAUGUUGACUGUUACUGUUUCUUCAUUACUUUUUAUUUAU